AUCGUAUCGCUCGUUCUUGUUGUUGGUAUCGUCGAUUUGGGGCAGCGCCAAUCAAACUGCGGAAAACCAUUUUAAUCGCACAGCUGCGGGUUCAUUCUCUUUUCUCUCUUGGGCGUGCGUGUGUAGAAGCUGCGAAAUUAUUUAAAUUAGUGACACUUAAUUGCUUAAUUACACAAGUGAUAAAAUAACUAAAAACCCUUAAAAAUGUUGGAUGUUCCACACGAAGCAAAGGUGCGUGGCCACCAGCGAGCACCCUCCGAUUCCAAGGAGUUCCACGAGGUGACCAAACGGGAUGCCCUGAGGCUUUUGGAGCACGAUGUGGACCGCCUGCUGGAGACCACGGAAAAGGCCCGUCAGCCUGCCCUCAAGGCAGAAAUGGAACGUUUUGCCGAUCUCUUCGGACGCUUCAUCCAGGAGGAGGGUCCCGCAUUGGAGUGGAACAAGAUCCAGAAGCUGCCGGAGAACGCCGUGAUGAACUACUCGAAUCUCAAGUCGCCCAAAAACGAGCAGAAUGAGAUUCGCAACAUGCUGGGCAAGUUGGUGGUCAUCAAGCUGAACGGUGGUCUGGGCACCUCGAUGGGUUGCCAUGGUCCCAAGAGUGUGAUCCCCGUGCGUUCGGAUCUGACUUUCCUGGACUUGACCGUGCAGCAGAUCGAGCACCUGAACAAGACCUACGAUGCCAAUGUGCCGCUGGUCCUGAUGAACUCCUUCAACACCGACGAGGAUACCGAGAAGAUCGUGCGGAAGUACAAGGGUUUCCGGGUGCAGAUCCACACCUUCAACCAGAGCUGCUUCCCGCGCAUCAGUCGGGAGCAUUACCUGCCGGUGGCCAAGGACUUUGAGGUUGAGAAGGAUAUGGAGGCUUGGUAUCCACCUGGUCACGGUGACUUCUACGACACCUUCCGCAACUCUGGUCUGCUGAAGAAGUUCAUUGAGGAGGGCCGCGAGUACUGCUUCCUUUCUAACAUCGAUAACCUGGGCGCCACCGUCGAUCUGAACAUUCUUAACAAGCUGGUGGGCGAGGAGCGGGCCACCACUCCCGUGGAAUUUGUGAUGGAGGUCACUGACAAGACCCGUGCUGACGUUAAGGGUGGUACUCUCAUCCAAAUGGAGAACAAGCUGCGACUGUUGGAAAUCGCUCAAGUGCCUCCAGAGCAUGUGGACGACUUCAAGUCCGUUAAGACCUUCAAGUUCUUCAACACCAACAACAUUUGGGCCAACCUGGCAGCUAUUGAUCGCGUUUUGCGUGAGCGCACCUUAAACAUGGAGAUCAUUGUGAACAACAAGACUUUGGAGAACGGAACCCGUGUCAUCCAGCUGGAGACUGCUGUGGGAGCGGCAAUGAAGUGCUUCGAUGGCGCCAUCGGUAUCAAUGUGCCUCGUUCUCGUUUCUUGCCCGUGAAGAAGUCCUCUGAUCUGCUGUUGGUCAUGUCGAAUUUAUACACCCUGAAGAACGGCAGCUUGGUGAUGUCGCCGCAGCGCAUGUUCCCCACCACGCCGCUGGUGAAGUUGGGCGAGAAUCACUUCUCCAAGGUGAAGGAGUUCCUGGGUCGCUUCGCCAACAUCCCGGACAUCAUCGAGCUGGAUCACUUGACCGUGAGCGGUGAUGUCACCUUCGGUCGUGGUGUUUCCCUUCGCGGCACUGUGAUCAUUAUUGCCAACCAUGGCGACCGUAUCGAUAUUCCCGCCGGCGCCAUUCUGGAAAACAAGAUCGUGUCGGGCAACAUGCGCAUCUUGGACCACUAAACCAAAUCCUUUGCAAUUGGAUGUCGUCUCACUAACUGUAGCCUAAUUUUCUAAGUUCUAUGUAGUAGCCACGUUCGCGUUCCAAAUUUUCAAUUACGAAUUUGAUUUAGCCAAUUGUUGUAAGCACAAAGUGUGUCGUCUGUAUAUAUCGUUAAGUGGUAGCCAGUCAGGGUUUUUUAUUCAAAAACGCAUCGCAAUAUGUUUUCAAAAAUGUUAGUUGUAGUCGUUCAAAUGAGAUAUAUAAAAAGAUAGCAGUUGUUAAAACUCAAUAAAGGCAUGUUUAUUUCUAUAAAUAA